UUCCUAUCUCUCUUCUCCCUUCCCUAUCUCCCUUCUCCCUUCCCUAUCUCUCUUCUAACACUCCCUGUACUCCUAGUCUGAGCAGCUCAAGCUGGAGAAGGGUCUUGGCAUCAGUUCUGCCCUCUCGUCUCCCAGUAGAAUAAAGAAAAACAUGAGGAGAUCAGCGUAUCUAAAGGCCCCCAAUGGAGAGAGAGCUAGAAGAUUGAACACUAUGGCUGACAGUCAGCCGGGCCCUCAAGUCGAACUGAGUCUCCGAUGUGAGCAGCUGCCAGUAAAGGAGGAACGCGGCCCUCCCUCCACCCUGGUCAGAGUGAGGUGCUAUGGAGAUGGAGGCACCUCUGCCCUCUCCACCUUCUCCCUAACUGAACUCAUCAAGUGUUCCUGCUCUCCAGUCUACAGUCACCUGGUUCUCCUGGAAAUUGGACCAUCUUGUCCAAAAUCUGGUCAGCUGGUGUUCGAAGUGUUCCACAUUGAGUCCAGUUCAACAGAGAGUGAGGGCGAGGAAGAGGAACUGUGGGACUCCACCGACCCAAAUUAUGUCACCAAAUACGGCGAGGUGGUAGGCAGGGCAGAGUGUCUGGUGUCUGCUGUCCUCUCUGGAGGAGAUACCCCGCUCAAACUACACCUCUGUAAGGAAGCCAACGGACCUGUAUGUGGUUUUAUCUACGUCAGACCACUGAUGAGGAACGCAGCUGGCGUCCUACCUAACAUCAUGAGAGCGUCAGUUCGCCGCCAUUUUCUCUUCACCACCUCUCGUGACACAAAGUUCAAGGUCAUCGAGGAGAUGUCGGAGAGUGUCUUCAACCUACAAGUCCCAAUUGAGCUGCUGAAGUGUUACAUGAAAGAAGACAUGUUGUUGGUGGAUGAACUCAGGAGCAAUGUGGGGGCUCUGAGUGAGAGGUGGCAGGAGUCAAUGCAAGAGUACCAGACGAUGCUGUUUGAAGCUCUCGGUGUAUACAAACAUGCAGCUGCCCACCUGGAGCUCAUGGCAGAUAGAGGACAGUGUACGUUCAAGUCCAGCCAACAGAGGAAGGCCGUGGAGCUCAUGUUUGUUCCGACCAACCUACACAUCCAGAGGAUGAGGGUCAGAGACGGGGCCGACAGUGGAGAAGCGGAGAGGAUAUACAAUGUGGUGACGUUGGGAUGCCCCGCCCACCACUGCGGAGGGUUCAAGAGCGGAGGUCUGAAGAAACUGCUCUGGGAAUCACGCAGCAAUCCUAGUUUCAUCAGUCGAUGGUCGGAGGGAAAUGCAACCGAAGUGAAGAACGCCAUGACCCAAAUCUCAGACAUCCAUUCUUCAAUUCUCCACUACAUCAAUGCUGUCUACAUGGCUUGUGCCAAUGCGUCACCACAGAAUAUGAACGACGCAAUGAUUGGAGUAGCAAAUCAGGUGCAGCAGUUGCUUCAAAAGAUGCAGCUGCCUGUCGUCAUGGACGCCAUCGAAGCCCUAAUUCAAGCCCGCCCCUACUCUGCCAGAUCUGCCACGCCCACUUCUUCCUCGGCCACGCCCACUUCGGGGAGUCCGCACGGGAGCUCGCCGAACCUGUUGGUAGCCUCAGAGGGAGGAGGGAGGAGAGAUGAUGAGGAGGCUGAGACGAGAAAGACACUCUCUCUCAAUCGGUCUGCCCGCAGCGCCAAAUGGAACAGCAGACAACUUAGCGUCAGAAGAAAUGGUACUCCGAGGGUGGAGGCAGAAGACGAGACCUCCCCACCGUCUCCUCCCUCAACCCCUCUGAAGACACCUCACAGACCAGACACCUCGUCCGGGGCAGAGGGUUGUAAAUGGACCAAGUGCACCUGUGGCAAGUGUUCUCGCUGCGUCCCUUCCCCCAGUGACUGGAUUUGGAACGGAAAGAAUUUCGUAAAAGUCAGCACGAGAGAGUGGAAAAUGAGUGACUCCCAGGACAGUAUUCAGCACUACCUGGUGAGGCUGAUCAACGCGGUGGAGGAGGCCACAACCAGGAUCAUACAAGAACCAUACGUGUGGUCAGACAAACUAAUUCCCCUGUUCUCUGAACUGCGACAGACACUGGACGGCCUGGUGAAAGUAUCAAUGAGCUCGCUCGCCUUCAAACUAAUGCAGCUGGAUCUGUAUGUGGAGAACCUUUCGGUGCUACGGAGAAGAAGAGAUGACGUCUUCUCUCAAGUGCUCACAGCUCUAGUCACUUCUUUCUACCUGAAACUGAGCGAGCACUUCACCCACCCUCAGUUCCUCCAGCAGAUCAGAGAGAUCGGUUUCCUGGCGCAGUUCGAGAGCCUUCUCUCCACUUUCGGUGAUGAAAGUGGCAUGUUAGAAGAUACGUGCGUCGCAGUUGCUGAACUGGGAACAGUCACAUUCCAGCUUGGCGCCCUCGGCAGGAAUCCUGAUUUGAGAUUCGACUUCCACAUUUCAGGCACCAGAGGAGCGCUGAGGGUGCAGCUGCUGUUUGCGAGGGAGUAUCUCGCAGUGCUAGAAGACGAAAAGCUACAGGCAGGAGAGACGAUCUCGGUCGUGCCUCUCAUCUUCACGCAGGGAGUCAACGAGAAACAGAGCCUCACAAACAAACACGAGCAGCAACUGCAGGAGGACAUCAAUCUUCAGAACAUGGAUCUUCUAACAAGCUACUUUGAGAAAUACGAGAAACUUACUUCCACCACUCCCUCGGCCCAGGCCAAGCUGGAGCUGGAGAGAGUGAGAGAUCUCUUCACCAAGGUCCAGAACCAGCACACCUCCCACAAGCCCAAGAACGUAGAGUUUUUCCUCUACCUGGAGCAGCUGUGCCAGAGACUGUGCGGAGGACGGCUCACCUGCUGCAAGAGCGGGAAGGACCGGACUGGCAUGUCGGUCACCCUGGAGGAGUGCAGUGUGCUGAGAACCAACCAUCAUCUCGCCAGCAGCUCCUACCACACCACUCUAGCCACUCUACGAUCGUGAGUCGUUUAUUUACAUCGUCUUACCUAUGUACCACACCACUCUAGCCACUCUAAGAUCGUGAGUCGUUUAUUUACAUCGUCUUACCUAUGUACCACACCACUCUAGCCACUCUACGAUCGAAUGGCACUAGACUGGAGAACUGUUUCAAGAACACUGGCCAAAGAUGCUAUAAUUUCAAUUCUCUCCAGCUCAUGGCUCUGCCAAAGUUUCUGACUCCCCCGCGCCAUACUCUGCAGAGACAGCAGCUAACGAGCAUGCGAGGCCACGGCAUUCUUGUCCCGACCAUCUGUGGUAUUUUGUAUGCAGCGUGGGAUGUUUCAUUAUCUUUGUGGUUUAUAAAGGUUGUUUAUUUUUUUUAUCAAUAGCUCACUUUUCACCAUUGUCAAUAUUAUAUCUCUAUUAUCAUAAUUAUUAUUAUUUGUGUGAACUUGCUGUUUGUGUGUGCGUUUGGUGUUUUGUUAACCCACCGACUAUUUAGGAUUUAAAAAAACCUAUGCUCACUUAAUUAUAGCGGUGUGACACAAAAAUGUGUAGACAAACCUUGAGUUAAAAAAGGUGCAUUAAAAAUAAUAUUUUUCAUGAUAUGAUACAUCUCUUUCUGCUGUCGUCGUCCGUGUGACGUAGUUUCGGUAUUGCAGUUGAGUCUCUAAACUUUACAGGCUGAAUCUCUGACACUCUGUCCAUUAGCAUUCUAAAACCUUCCGUCACAUUCAGCCCUGUCUGGAGAGAGACACAGCAUUUUGUAAUACAAAUACAGUAAUUAUAAACCUUGGCUGAAGCUUCCACUAAGGGGCACUUUAUGCUCCGGCAAUACUCUGAUACUUCGCCAAAUUCGACUUGUCUGUAUGCUUCCAAGUCGCUCUUAUUUGCCACAAUGACCAUGGGAAUGUUCUCUUCGUCCUCGUGCUCGCGAACAAUCUUGUCUCGCAGCUCCUGUAGACUGUACCAGCUGGACACGGAGUUGAUGGCAAACAGGGCGAGAUAGGCGUCUCCCUGGGCUAGAGCUGUGUCUCUGAACAGCAUAAACUCCUCCUGACCAGCAGUGUCCACAAUCUCGACGUCGUGUGCAUCAAACCCAUACUCCAUCUGUGUGAUGUAGCUCUCCUCAACUGUUGGGUCGUAAAACUCGGGGAAAUGGUUGUUGAGGUAGCGGACGGUCAGCGAGCUCUUCCCGACGCCUCCGCUGCCCACAACGCACACCGUUAGACGACGUUUUGACGACCGAUCGUAGGCCGACGGCGACUGCGGGGAAUCCGGGCUGAUCUCUUCUAGCGCUGCAGGACCGAGACUGCCCACGCGUGCAACACGCGGUCGCCUCGCCGGCGAAGACUCGGCCGUGUACGGCGCUCUGUAGCUCAUCCUCUCACUGCCCACACUCCGCUGCAGGUUUUUU